CGAGUGAAAAUCAAACCGAGUGUAGAGACACUUUAAUUAUGGGAUGUACAAGUCCCCCUUCUAAAAAAUGAGAAAAGAGAGAUGCACUGGUUUUGAUUUAAAGUGGAAAUCGGAAUUUCCUUGGGUUAAAGAGGUUGAUGGAGGUACAUAAUGAAUUUUGUUUUGUUCAAAUAGUUAGUUAAAAUUUCAUUUAACUUUCAUUUAACACAGUACUAUGUGUUUAAUAUUUUACUUUCUCUUUCUACUAUUUUUUUUGUGGCAUAUCUGCAUAAAAAAUGUUGCACUUGCAAAACUAAUUUUUUUAAACAUUUAUUCUUGAAUGUUUGCUGUAGUUUAAUGCCUUCUUUAAUAGAUUUAGUUCAUGUAAACUUGUCUUUUUCACAAAGUAAACAUUUAAAAAGCUGAAAACAGUUAUAAAUUGUCCGUUUGUUUGAUAUCUACAGGCCGGGGAUGCUAUUUACACUACUGUAAAAUCACUUGUGACUGGUACAUUGUCCGUUCUGCGGUAUCUGCAGACCAUGCCAGGGGAGGCCUACCAGAGUGCAGUGCAGAGGGUAGAGGACCUUCAGGCCAAAGGGUUCAACAUCAAGCCUCCUGCUGAACAAGAGACUGUCAACUUUAGAGAGAAGAUGCUGGCUGAGCACAUUGGACUUGUGGUUGACAAGACCCUUCAUGAGUGGUGCCAAGUUAGGGAAUCCAUUGCUGACAGUGGGCUUGCAGCAGACAAGGCCAUGGAGUGGGUUACCACAAAUUUGAACGUCAGCCACACCAACCUCUUCAAACUUGCUGCUGUGGGGCUGUUGAUCCCAACAUCAACAUCAGACUGUGAGCGUGGAUUUUCCACCCUCAAGAGGGUAAAAACAACACACAGGGCAUCUUUGAGCCCACCAUUUCUCAACCCCCUCCUUCCUGUUGGGAUGUUAGGACCACCAAUAGAAAAGGUGAUAUCAACUCCAUGGUGAAAAUUUGGCACAAGGAGAAACCAAGGCGUAGCCAGCUCUAGGCAGUCAUAAUUAAUUGAUAUAAUAUUAUUGUUUUAAAUUUUUGUGCGAUAUAUAUUUUUCUGUUAAAGUUAUUUGAAAAGACAAUAAAAUAUGUUAAUACUGAACACCUUUUGCUUGACUUAACUCUCAUUAAAUAUGCACCAAAAUACACCAUUCCUUUGUAAGGUUUCAAAAA